AUGACCGUGGACAUAGAGGAAACAGUUACUGAGGACUUUGGAUUCAGGUCAAUCACCACAGGGAUCAAAGUUGCCCCUGCUUUAGAUACGGUUCCAUUGAAGGAGUUGAACCUCCUAGCGUGGGGAAACAUCACUAAAAAGUUUGCCCUCUCAAUAGGUAACACAUUACUCAUUGGUGAUACAUCAGAAUUAGACUCUUACAUCAACCUCUCAACGACUGAAGACGAAGAGAAGCAAGCGCCGGUAUUUGAGGGUGGCCAUAGAACUGAGGUUUCUGAUGUGUCACAGCUGGUUUUCAAUGCCACUGAGACUUCGCUUCUUGCUUCCAUCACCAAUGAUUUGAAAAGGGUUGAACCAUCCAGUUCUGAGAUCACGAACAUCGAAUCAUUUGACUCUCCCGUCAGGGAUAUCUAUGCAUCUCCAUUUUACUCAUCAGUUUGUGCCGUUUUGCUAGAAGAUCGUUUGGUCAUUCUAGACAUUGACAAUGUAACCAACAGAUUGGAAUUACCUAAUGUGUCCUCGUUUUCUUGGUCUAAAGCGGAUAAAUCCACAUUUUAUACAAUUAUUGAUAAUACUAUUCAACGAAGGACUUUUGAUGGUACCGAAUCAGAGAUUUCUCAACCAGAUGACAUCGAGAAUUCCUUUAGGCCCCUACAAGUCACCUCAAUACUGAAAAAUGAUGAGGAACUGUUAUUCGCUGUAUAUGGAGAGAGCAUCAAUCAAGAUGAGCAUGAUUACAAACACUACAUUAUUGGGGGGAGUAGUGAACAAAAGAUGCUAGAUGUUUGUCCCCCCUAUGGCUCUCUUCCAAGGCUGGCCACAUACUACCUAAGCCAACUUAAAUCAUGGUCUCCAAACUGGCCAGAUGUCGUCGUGGUAGCUUCGUCACCAUCCACAGAUAUUCAAGCUUUUACUCCGGAAAAACUAGUGAACCAGCUUAACGACACAGACAGGGCCCAGCUGCCCUUAGACGAAGACUCAGGAGAAGAUGACACACCAUUAGGACUUGCUAUCGACUUGACCUCUACCCAGGAAGUGCUAGAACCUUGUAAUGGGAUUGAUAAUUGCAAAUCUUUGCCAAGAGUUUGGGUGUUGACGAACCAGGGUAAUUUACUUUCUUGGGCGUUAUUUGAUGCUCACGGCAUCAAGAGUGAUUCUUUAAGCAACGAAAGUGCGUUACAAAGUCUUCGUUCAUAUUACGAAACUGCAAAGGAAUUACCGGCAGUGUCUUUUAAGGAUACAAAUGCCGCAGAAAAGCAAACUUCAUCUGAAAGCCAACAAGAUUUCAGGUCAGAUGCUGACCUCACAUCAUCAACGCAGCCAGAAGACAACAAACCUCUUCCUGCCAGUGAGCAACUUUCUCCUCCUUCUGAGAAGAAAGAAGCAACAUUUUUUAGCUCCUCAGGCUUUACUUCAAAACCUGCUGAGCCAAGUGGCUUCAAUUCACAUGGAUUCAGCUCUUCUGGCUUCGGUUCCUCUGGAUUUGGUACGUCACCCUUUAGAAGCUCUAACUUCUCAAGUACCCAAGGAAAUGCUUUUUCCAAGGAUACUGGAGCUUUUGGAAGCUUUAAAAAUGGGUCAACGGCAUCCGAACCUUUUGGAAAGAACGCACCAGCUUUUGGUUCCACUGGUUUUGGGAAUAACCCAUCGUCUUCAUCUCCAUUUGCCAAACUUUCUCAACAAGGCAAUAAAGUUUUAGGUUCAGGCUCUGCAUCUACUUCCUCACCUUUCUCAAAGUUUGCUACCUCCAACAAUUCUCAAUCAUCUCCGUUCGCAUCGAUUGCUUCUAAUAAGAAUAAUAAUGAAAGCAUAUUUAGUGCAGAAAAAUCCAAAGGUUCGAUUUUUGAUACUUCAAGCAAAUCUGCAAGUAUUUUCCAAAAAGAAGACUCGCAGGGUACAAAGAAAAGUAUUUUUGAGCUAGCAUCAACAAACGUAGGACAACUGAAGAAUGCUGAUACGAAACCAAAAUCAGAGAGCGAUACGGAUAAUGAACUUGGAAGUAAACUUUAUCAGUUGAGAAGUCCAACUUUUCUUAGGGAUCUCAACUCAUCCUCAUCAUCUCUUACUAAACAAAACGGCGAGCCAGAUAAUGACCUUAAUAGCAGAAUGCCACCUUUUGUAUUUAAACAAAAAAGCAUUGCAGGUGUGAAGCCUGAAGAUCUUUUUGGAAAUACAGCUUCCAACGAUAACCCUUUUUCCAGUUUAAACAUUAAGGCAAAAGAGAUAAACUCGGCAGCAGAAUCGGACUCUUUGAAUGAUGUCUUCAGUCACAAGAUAGCAAUCACUUCGGAUCCCCAGAAAUACACACAAGAAAACAACAGCAGUAAAGACACACUAUCAGUGGAUGAACAGAAUUCCGAAGAAGAAUAUGAUAUACCACAUGGUGAGUCAGAUCCUGAUAAAUCAUCAGAGAGUGCUGAGCUAUCUGUUUCCGUAAAUAGCUCAGAACAAGAGUUUGGUCACACCUCAGAUAACAAACAUCCUCCGACUUCAUUGAGGGACGGCAGUCAUUCCCCACAUGGCGAGCAAAAUGUAUCUAGAGAAGCCUCAAGCUCGGAAAAUCCCUCCGAUGAUAAUGAACAGUUGGAGUACAUUUCAAAAGAAACAGAGGUUGCUGAUAUAUCAAAAUCUGGCGAACAUAGAAUUUCUAAUGAUUCCAGUGUUUCUUUUGCAGAAGGAAACCGUGUUUCUGAACCUGCUCAGGAUGACUCUGUUACUUCUGACAUCGAAAAAAGAAAAUCCCAAACGUCAACCACUGCGGUGACACCAUUCAAUGAAGAUUCAACGCCAAACAAGUCGGAUAAUUCGGAAGGAGAUAGCAGCUCUUUUGAAAUGGUAAAAGUUGAAGAUGCAAAAGAAGAAACAAAUGAACAUAGUAGACAACGGAUUUCCUUCCGAAAUGAGUCUACUCAAAUGGGCCUACAAAGUAUAGGUACAGAAACUGCUAAUAUACCUAUGAAAAAUGUUGCUGUUGGUGAUGACAAUUCUACAUUACAUGCAAGUAGCACUCAAACGGAUGAUGAGUUGACACUGAGUCAAAAGAAUAUACCCAUGAAAGUUCCUAAUUAUGUCACUCUAGGUAAAAUAAUUAUGCCACAGUUAGAUAGUGAUCCUAUCAUGAAUCAAAUUGAGCAGGUGUGUCACCAAGUGGAAUCUGAGUUUGCCAUUUUGAAAACUAAUUCAGACAACAUUGGAAAGUUCAUUGAAGACCACCAAAGUCAAGAAUUGACUCACACUGAAUUAUCUCUUGAUUAUGAAUCUUAUUGGCGUUUGAAUGAAGCUGAGACGAUCAAAGGAUAUGUGGAGGACUUGUCGGAACAAUUAGAGAAAGACCUGGCUGAUCUCAAAUCCGUCGAACAGGAAACACUCGACCAGCUUUCAGCUCUCAAGUCGCAGUUCUCAGAAACAAACGAGGUCAAAAGUCGCAUUUAUUCUUUAGAGGAGUUCAAGAAUGUCUGUGAGAGCCCCGCUUUUUUGAAGCAACCCCUUGGUUACAAAAUGUCAGAAUCUAAAAGAGACAUCAACAUUAAGCUGGGAGAAGUGGAACAUAAACUGCGCGAGGCAUGGACUGAUACUCUGAAACUAAAGCUCCAGUUUACCAAGAUUGAAAAUAACAAAGAAUUGUCAGAUGAGAUUUAUAAGAGUUACUUCUCUAUGCGGUUUUAG